GCGACUAGCAACAUCUAAAAUGAAAUACAUUUACAUUUAUUUAAUCGUAUGCGUAGUUGCCAACGCUUACAAUUCCGCCGCCGAAGAAGUUUUGCUUUCUAAUACCAACAAAAUUUGCGCGUGUAAAAACAACUUGAACGAUAUCCUCAAACAAAUCGCCACCGAGUAUUCUAACCUCGAAGAACUCAGCGAUGAAUUGGACGAUCUAGAAUCGAAACUGAAAGAUCUUGUAAACAAAGUCGAUAAUCAAGGUGAUCAGUUGAGCGAUAUCGAGAAACAUUUAGCGAUAGUGGACGUUCUACAGAAAGCCGUUCUCCAAGCACUCAACGAUCAAUCAUCUGCAUUCGAUUCUAUCACCGAAAAUGUCAAAAAUCUCGACAAAAACAUCAACGAAGUGCGUGACAACGCCAACGAACAAUCCAACGCCGUGGAGGAUCUGAGCACCAGCGCUUGGAAAAUGUACGAUUGUAACAACGAAGAUUUAUGUAAAGCGAGUUAG